AUGGUGGAUGACAACAGCAGCAGCAAGAAGUGGAAUAAAUUUGACCACAACGAAAACGAUGCCGUCGAAGUUGAGGACGCCAUCGACGACUCAGACGAGCUCGACGCCGACACAGUCAUGCUCAACAUCCAGAAAAUCGGCGAAUCACGUCGUCGCCAAUCCAAGGCUUCCGAGGACAACCGCGUCCAGGAGAUUUUGGGGUUUCCCUUUUUGCCCAACAUUCGACCUUUGAUCGUCUCGGAUGUGGAGAGCUGCGAGGCACUGGAGGAAGCUGCGUUUCAUGAUCCUCAGCAUCGUUGCUCUCGCGAAAAGUUCGAGUAUCGCCUCGCAACCUGUCCCGAACUCUGCAUGGGCGUCUUCUGCACGGUAAACCCCAACAACGCAAAGGACCUGGAUAUCAAUACCCUGAAGACAGCCAAGCCGGUUGAGACGGGACGGAACGAUGGUGCCGUGAGUGUUUUGCUCGCCCACAUCGUGUCCACGCGAACCAGUGCCGAGGUGGUCACAGAUUCAGCCAUGGACUAUCCCAGAGACUUCCGCACCGCGCGGCCCAAUACUUCGGGUGUGGGUCACGAGGAGGCCGGACGUACCGUUGCCAUCCACUCGCUGGCCGUGCACCCCAAGCUUCAGGGCUGUGGGCUGGGCAAGUUGAUCAUGAAGGCGUAUCUCCAACAGAUCAACAACUCGGGCACUGCAGGUCGCGUGGCUCUGAUCUGCCAAGAUUACCUCGUCAACUACUACAAGCGGUUCGGCUUCAAGCAUAAUGGCCCAAGCCAGGCUCAGUUUGGCGGUGGUGGAUGGCACGACAUGGUCUUCGAGUUAGCCGGACCAGCCAAGAAGUAA